AUGUCUUUGAAAAAGUUCAUUUACGGCGCUGUUCUUACAGCCUCGACUGUUUUGGGGAGCUUCGAUGGUAACCUCAACUAUGGCAGUCCAUCCCGAAGCCAUGAUGGUCUUGGCAUUGACGUUGGCCUUGUCGCCCGUCGCUCUUGGAAACGAGGAAACGUCGCCUAUAAGCCGUCUGAACUUCACUUCACUCAUGGCGUAGCUUCUGGUGACCCUUGGGCCGAGAGUGUUAUUCUCUGGACUCGUAUUGCUCCUUCAAACGAAUCGGAUGCGAGCAAUGUCACUGUCUCGGGCAGCGCACCACUCUAUGGCCAUGAGACGGAGCGCUACAUCAAGGCCGAUCCCAACCCUACUUGUGUGGAAUGGAAGGUUUUCAAGAGCAAGUGCUCCAAUACUACACAAAAUGUCGUUGCAAGCGGCAAGGCUUACACCACGUCCGAUAUCGACUACACUGUCAAGGUUGAGGCUACUGGGUUGACUCCCAAGACUAAGUACUGGUAUCAGUUCAACGUUUGCGGAUCUGACAACAAGAGCCCCAUUGGACGUACCAAGACCGCUCCGACCAAGGACGAUGACGUCUCCAAGCUCAGCUUUGCAGUUUUCUCCUGCAGCAAUUUCCCCAACGGAUACUUCAACGCGUAUGGCAAUGCUGCGCGCAAGGAUCAGCACGACUACGUGAUCCAUCUUGGCGACUACAUCUACGAGUACAACAGUUCCGUCAGCAAACCUCGCGUUGCGCAGCCCAACAGUCUGCUGUUUACCUUGCAGGACUAUCGAACGCGCCAUGGCCAGUAUCGCAAUGAUCCUGAUCUGCAGCUUCUCUCUCAAAAGUUUGCCUGGAUUACCACCUGGGAUGACCACGAAUUCGCCGACAACGGUUACAAGGAUGGCUUCGCAAACCUGAACAACACAGAGGACUCGUUCCUCAACAAGGGUCCUAAGAUUAGCGUCGACAGCCGUAAGUUGCACGCUGUUCGUGCCUAUUUUGAGUGGAUGCCCAUUCGCCAAACCGACAUGGAUGAUGGUCUUCGCGUAUGGCGAUCUUUCCAGAUGGGCAAGCUCAUGGAUCUCAUCAUUUUGGACACUCGCAACUACGACCGCAGCAUCACUGAUCUCUACUGGAACUCGCAAUACAUCAAUAGCAUCAAGGAUGACCCUAGUCGCAGCUUGAUGGGUGCCCGCCAAGAGAGCUGGUUCUACCGUUCAUUGAGCCAAUCCAACGACCGUGGAGCAAAGUGGCGCAUUAUUGGUAACCAGAUUGUCUUUUCCCGCAUCUACUAUGACGACAAGGGCAAGGUCAAUGGUGAUGCUUGGGAUGGCUACGCGGCAAACCGAAACCGAACCUUGCAACACCUCUACGACAACAAGAUUGGCAACAACAUCUUCCUUGCAGGAGACACCCAUCAGAACUGGGUAGCGGAUGUUGCUUGGCAGGGAACAAAGGAUUACAACUACCAGACCGGUGCUGGUGCUGUCGGUGUCGAGUUUGCUGGCACUGCAGUUUCAUCAAGUGGCUUCAAGGGCACGAUUAAUGCUGGCGACAAGGCUGCACAGAGCCUUGUUCACCGUAAUGAGGAGUUGAUGUGGCAAGAGGGAUACUACCGCGGGUACUUUCAUCUAAGCGUGAGCCCAGAUGCUGUGAAAGCCAAGUUCUAUGGUAAGUUGUGUCUGUAUGGAAAUCCUUAACUUGAAGAGCAUCAGUGUAGGCUAACAUAGUUCCAGGUUCGCCUUCUGUCGCUACUCGCAAUCCUUGGGAUCUCUCGCUCGCUAACUUUACCGUGCCGCACAACGCAAACCAUUUGCAGCGCCCAAUUGCCAACGGCCGUGUUGAAGGCGGUGCUGUUAAGGACGGAGAGGUGAAGCACACAAACGUUACGCUGAACACAGAGACGGGCAAGUGGCAUGUUGUUGGGUUUGAAAAGAUGUACUUGUAAAUGAGAUUUAUAGCACUACUUGUAGACAAUCGUAAUUGAAUUCAUGCGUCAACUAUACCAAGCACUGUGUUGUGACCAACGAACACACAAUGCGUAGUUCUCCAAUAAUAGAAAAAAAUGCAACAAACAGGAUUCAUUCUCAUUGUGGCGGUCUCCUAUAGCUGGUGAUCGGCGCAAGGUGGUGACGUCAGGGGAGUCAACACGAG